AUGGAAAAUUUCGAGAACAAGUCCUCUCAAGAAAACCACCGCAGUUCCUCGGAGCACUUGUCGGACAUUGCCGUUGACCGCGAAACCCUGUUGCCGCACUUUCGACAGGAGCCAGCGCGGCGUCAGUGGAGUAAGCCCAAGCCUACCAUCAUCUUGUUCCUUUGCGUGUUCGCUGGUGGCAUCAUAGGCGCUCUAGGCUCGUGGUUGCUACAGAAGCCCGGCGUCCCUUUUGCGCCAGCCGUAAAGCACGAUCCACACGGACAUGAGCACGUCGCGCAUUUUGUGCCGCAGAUGGACAUCAUUGGCUUCUUCCCAGAGGUGUCGCAUCGCGUCACAUAUUUUGAGAAGCAGCCAGAGUACAUUUCGAACCACUCGGACCCGCAGUCCAUCUUGGAGGUUAAGAAGCUGUGGGAAGCCCUGCUACCGCCCGGAGAGGGCUUUCUAUACGUUACGGAUGAGGAGGCGGAAAAGUACGACUUCCCAAUGCUGAUACAUUACAAUGUGCCACCUGAGCAUGGCGUCCCGGGCAAGCCUCUGCGCGGCAAGGCCAUUGGGACGACGAUUGCGCAUUCUUUACACUGUCUGUACCUCAUCAUGGCCGAGUACGACCUAGUAUUCCAGGGCCAGGGCCCGGGCGACGGCUUCAAGCACAUGGACCACUGCAUCGACUGGAUCCGCCAGUCUCUGAUGUGUGCGGGUGAUGUGGCACUAUCGGGCAAUCACGGCCCCCUUACUAACCAUGAAGAAGAGCGGGACAAUGUGGUCUGGACCAUUAGCGGCCCCAAAGAUGCUGUCAAAGCCUUGGGAUCUCCUGCAGAGGCCCUUGAGUCCAUGUCCAAGGACAUGAAGGCCAAGACUAAAGUCGAGCCGGCCGCCGCGGCUCAGCCCAUCGUUGAGACUCGCGACAAGGCUGAUGACCUCCUAAUGUACUACAACGAGUAG